GAGGGGCAGUGAGUGCAGAAUAGAAGUCUGAGCAUGUGAGAGCAACCUGGGACAAGUGCUCCUCUAUAAAUUCACUAUCAGAAACUAAACAAGCGCAAGGUGGCAGGUGAUUUUUUUCUGUACAAGUCUUUUGGGACUGUUAUUUUUUUGGAGCUGGUACUAAAAGACAUCGGGUCCGUUCUGCUACACUAAACUGCGUUUUUCUUUGUACUUUGUCUUUUACUUUUUUUUCCCGACUUUGUACAAAGGAGGAUCUGUCCGCUCUGCUGCAGGUAGAUAACUGCUCUCAGGUGAGGCGGAAGCGACAUGGUUCGUUCGUGAGGAAAUCAACCUGCUCGAUAUUUCCCGAUUUGCUUCGAUCACCUGAAAGCAGCCGGAUCCAGGUUAUGCUGUUCCAGGGGCCGAGGAGUCCGCGCAGUGGCCGCAGGACCCAAUGAAAUGGAGCAGAGCUGACGCCCCAGGAGCCCCAGUCCGCCCCGACUCGGCCCUGCUGGUCGCGCGGAGCAAUGGCAGCGCGCGCGCGCGUGCCGGCCGCUCCCGGAGCCGCGGCGGGGAGUGUUCUGCUGCUGGUACUGAGUAGCAGCCCAGCGUGGGGAAAUACCACUAUGGCGACUGACACCUCCACCACCACACCGCAGGGGCCGAACAUCGCGGCUAUCGUGGCCCCCACGGUCACGCUCGGCGUCCUGGCCAUCGUCCUGGCCGUUCUGGCGUGGCUGUUUUGCGUGGUGAAGAAGAAGAGGCAAACGGAGGGGACGUACAGGCCCAGCGCCGAGGAGCAGUCCGGCGCCGGCACUGCGGCGGCGGCGCCGGACGCGCUGAAGCUGCCGAAGGAGGAGCGACUCAUCUGAGAGCCGGCGCAGACGGGCGCAGACGGGCGCAGACGGGCGCAGACGUGAGCAGGUCUCUGCAGCUGAGCACUCAGAGGAAAGCUUCGCUGCCUCAUUGAAACAAGCACAAAGAGGACGAGCACACGCACGUGUCUUCCAAUGGAGUUUAAGGACGACUGAACAUUUCAAGGAGGUUUUGAACAUUUCGUCUGCACAGGACAGGAGCCACAGUAUUUCAUCACGACUAUGGAUUUUAGUUUUAGAUCUUCUUCUUCCUUCACUUUAAUUGAAUGUUUACGCUACACACAUAACUCACUUCAGUCUCUCAUUUUCUUUGCUACUGAGAAUCCAAUGAAUAUAAAAUUGUGUUUAGCCUAAUAUAUAUUUCUAAAGGCUUCUGUAAAUAUGGGAAAUUCUAUUGAGAAAAAUCAAGCUGUUAUUGACAAUCAUAUUCCUUUUUAAAGUUGCCUUCUUCUAAAAUGUCUGCAUCAGCAUUAAGCACGAUUUACAAGGUCUUAGUUAUUUAUGCUUUUGUCAAAUAAAUACCAAACUGUAGACCACGUAGGCUCUAACUGUCAAGGUUUGGAAAUAUUCACUGUAUAUGACACUCGUUCAAAGUCAGAAUGAGGUAGUUUUAUGUUUUAAUUAUAAUAAAAAAGGGAAGCACAGUUUCUCUAUGCCUUCAUGGACGGCACCAGAAACAAACUGAAGCCUGAGUAGCUUUUGGCAAAACUGUAAAACCUCUAUAACUAUAUAUUUUCUGUCACUUUGUGAUAACAUGCAGUAGAUAGCACAGUGUGCAACGUUCAAUCCCUCACAGAAUCCACACUAUACGGCAAAACCAUCCAAGUCUUAUGCAUAAUAAAUAAAAUAAAAUGAUUUUAAUUAA